GAAUUAAAAGACCCUUUACAAAGAGAAAGAAAAUUCCCAAAGCCCUUUACAAUUAACAUUAUAUUUUCUCUCUCUUUUGUAAAACAACGACGACAGACAAAGAGAAACGGCUCUCUUUUUCCUUUUCUUAUUGCUUUGCUUUGCUUUCAUUUUAUUUCAUUCCAUUCAUCUCUAUGUUGUAAUUUGUGUAUGUAAAAGAGAGUGGCAGCAAUCAUUGUCCAAGACAGAUAGAUAGAGAAGGCCUUUGUUCUUGGCCCUCGAAUUCUUAGCCCUCGAUUUUGGCCUCUUUCUUUUACUCUCUCUCUCUCUUCCUCAAUUAUUCCCAUUUUUUUCUCUAUUCAUUUCGGUAAUUCUUAGGGAUCUCUCUCUGCAUAUUUAGCCACUGCAAAAAGGGUUGAGGGAAACGCCUAAAUACUUUCCGUUUCUUCGCUUUCGACUGAAUCUGCUGAAUUUUCGCUUCUUCUUUUUUCUGAUUCUGGUUUAACUCUGCCCUCGCCGCCGCCGCCGCCGCCGCCACCGCCGCUGUUUCUCUCCAUUUUUGCUAAUCCUUCACUUCACUGUUUGUUUAAUCCUUCACGACCCAAUUUCGUACCCCACGAAAGGAGAAGACCCAGUUUGUUGUUUUUUGGUUUUCUGUUUCUUUCGCAUCUACAAAUGUGGUGGAUGAUGGGUGAAGGUGGAGGCCAUUACUGUUCCAAGAAAUCUGAUGAUAUUUGUGGCGAUGUUUGUGAUCAGGAAUCCAAUCGAGUAUUGGGGAUGUCUAGACUUCGCUGCAUUUUUCGUGGAUAUGAUGUGAAAACCUUCCUUAUUCUUUUUGCACUGGUGCCAACAUGCAUCUUGAUCAUUUACUUGCACGGACAGAAGAUUUCAUACUUCUUACGGCCGCUAUGGGAAUCCCCACCUAAAGAAUUCAAUAUGAUUACUCACUACUAUGAUGGGAAUGUAUCUAUGGAGAACCUAUGCAAACUCCAUGGUUGGAAAGUCCGUGAAUUUCCACGACGUGUUUAUGAUGCUGUGCUGUUCAGUAAUGAGAUUGAGAUGCUCACCUUGCGAUGGAAAGAACUCUACCCUUACAUUACACAGUUUGUUCUUCUGGAGGCAAAUUCAACAUUUACUGGGAAGCCAAAGCCAUUAUACUUUGCUCGCAAUAGGGACAAAUUCAAGUUUGUGGAGUCAAGAUUUACUUAUGGCACUGUUGGAGGGAGAUUUAAGAAAGGGGAAAACCCGUUUGUCGAAGAGGCAUUUCAGCGGGUUGCACUUGAUCAGCUUCUCAGAAUUGCUGGUAUCACUGAUGAUGACUUGUUGAUAAUGUCUGAUGUUGACGAAAUUCCAAGCAGGCACACAAUUAAUCUCUUGAGAUGGUGUGAUGACAUACCAGAAGUUCUUCAUUUACAACUUAAGAACUAUUUGUACUCUUUUGAGUUCCAUGUUGAUGACAAUAGUUGGAGGGCUUCAGUCCAUAGAUACAAAUCUGGUAAGACAAGGUAUGUUCAUUAUCGCCAAUCGGAUGACCUGUUGGCAGAUUCGGGGUGGCACUGUAGCUUCUGUUUCCGACGUAUCAGCGACUUUGUCUUUAAGAUGAAAGCAUACAGCCAUAAUGACAGAGUUAGGUUCUCUAGUUACUUAAAUCCCAAAAGAAUUCAGAAGAUUAUUUGCAAGGGUUCGGACCUAUUUGACAUGCUUCCUGAGGAGUACACUUUCAAAGAAAUUAUUGGGAAAAUGGGACCAGUUCCUCAUUCCUUCUCAGCAGUUCACUUGCCAUCGUAUCUGCUGGAAAAUGCAGAAGACUACAAAUUCCUUUUGCCUGGGAAUUGCAUACGAGAGAGUGGCUGAUCUCUAACUUCGGCGUCUACCUCCCUGUGAAGGUUAGUUGCAAUGUGGCUUGUCUGACACCUCGUGGACCUUCCAUCCCGAUAGUUGUUGACCGAUAUACAGGCAACCGUGGUGAUCUUUUGCCUCCAGAUAAGCUAAUGUUAAUUCUUUUGGAAGUUGUAACUGCUUGGACGGUUGAACUAAUUCCAUGGGUGGAAGUUAUGUGUAGAUAUCUGCUUUCUUUGGGUUGGUUUGGUUCAAGAAGUUUGAUAUUCAUUGGGUGGGCGAACUUGCUGUUAUAGGAGCCGCAGCAUAUUUUAGAGAAAAACCCCUUGCAUUGCCAUUGUAUUUGAGGCUGUUGUGCUUUCUUCCCUUUACUGGGAAAUUUUGUAUACACGACUAUUAUUUAUAUCAUGUAUUCAUAUUUGCGGUUGACCUGAUUUCUAAUUCUCGUUCUGAUACA